AUGUCUUUAGUCGACCGUGAAACCCAACCGGGUUUUCAACCCCAUGAACAGCCCGGCUUGGAAGUUGUACCACACGAACAGCUAGAACACUCGCAAGACUGGUCCGGACUUCAGGCCGCAAAUCCUUCUUCUCUAGACAGCGGAAAGGAAGCAAUUUCUGGCCAUAACGAUGCGGGAAAAACACACGUGGUUCCGAAUCAGAUAGAACUCGGAGGACCUACAUUUCAAGGUGCACCAGUGCCAAAAAGACGACUAUGGUUUAUUGUUGGAGGUAUUGCGUUCGCCCUGGUGACUGCAGCGGCCGUUGUCGGAGGUAUUCUGGGAAGCAAAGCAGCGAAACAUUCACAAGGGGAGUUUUCGUUGCCAACGAGCACACCGACUCCCACUAUUGUCACCAGCCCCACAACUAGACUACAAUCGAUACGCCAGGGGUCGCCACUGACCAUCACUGGAUGGAGUCAGUCUGGCGGAGUCGAGAUGUUCCUCUUUUACCAAGAUCAUGACAACCAAAUUCAGCGGUCAGUAUACGACACCAGUGGGACAUCCGCCGGGGGGAACUCGUCAUGGCAGUCACCCCAAAAGUUCAACUCUUUUGCUAGUGCGGAUACUCGCUUGGGAGGAACUAUCAUUCAGUAUAACACCUCAUACAAGCCACAAACCGAACUUUAUUACACGAACUCUGAUGGUCGUGUCCUUGGCGUCAGCAUCAACGAUGAGCUGAACCCCAGCUACGAAGAGGAUAGCAUCAAAAGCCUUGCUCUAAGCUCCCGAGUCAACAGCAGUGUCGCCGCAUAUUGGCCUUGGUUUAUAUACCAGGAGGUUAGUGGUGUAAUUGUUGAGGUGCGGAACCGUCUUCUGGACGAGUUUGCACCGGCAGCCGAAUGGGACACGAAGAGACUCAACGCGAUAGCCGAUGACGACAGCCGGCUGGCACUGGUUCCGCUAUCGACCAACUUCGACAAGAUGGCCGUGCAAGGAGGCUACGGGAUUUUCUACCAGGUUGACGGCGGGUUGGUCGCGCUUAUACCGGACCUUGGAUCCGAUCAACUCGCUAAGGAUUAUGCAGACUCAUGGCCUACAACUGUUAAGAACAUGCCGAAGGGCGCGUCCUUGGCUGCAUUCUCCGUUGCCAGAACCUCCGAUUCCCUGCAGAGAGUGAACACGUAUGUCCUUUAUCUUGACAGCGAUUCGAAUAUCAGCGUCAUCUACAGCGAUUCUUCCUCCUGGCAAACCGUCCAGCCAGCUGCCAUGAAGGGUGUCGAUCCCGACACAGACAUUGCCUGUCUGACCAUGGCAAUUACGCAUCUCGACUCUUUACAGCAAGAGGUUCUACUUGGAGAAUAUCCUUUCGAUGCGAGGUGUUACUUCCAACGUGAAGGCUUAGUGAGAGAAGUGAUAUUGAGUAAUAAUGAGUGGACGGAUAGUGGAAACGUACCUAUACCGUGA